CCUUGCCUUCCCAGAAAAGGGAGAACUACUAAAACGCACUAGAAAAAGGAAUGGAUUCCUUCGUAAAAUGUUGAAAUGAAAACUUGUUUAAUUAGAUGAUUAAUUAGUCGUUUUUAUUGGUACAUAAUCGAAACAGUUGUGCGAGGAACCUGCUGUUGCUCCCUGUUGGAUAAAAAAAUGCAUGGAUUUUGAUAGUGAUGAAGCCAUGGAACGUUUUCCGCUGAAGUCUUCCCCGCCUAAAAUGAAUACGACGUACCAGUCUGUCUACAAAAAGGGUCCGACCGCGAGCAAUGGCCGUAGCGUGCAGCCGGCUAGCGAAGAUGACAUGGUAGACAUAACACCGGGACUUCAACGCGCAGCGGACUCCACCACACCCACCAGCCACGGCACCUUCCAGUUGUAUGAGCACGCCGGCGCUGGCACACAGAGGAACUCCGCCGCGAGCGCCAAUUCUUACAUCGCUCAAUACUUCAGUUCUUCGACGGGGGACGCAGUCAUAUUCUCAGGAAUGCAAGGAGAGGAUGAUAUCCCAGGAAUUGGCCAGUAUGAUGACUUUCAUACCAUUGACUGGCAAAGAGACAUUGCUAGAGACCGUAUGAGACAUAGAUAUAUAGUUAAAAAGAGACAGGAUUCAAUAUGGGAUUUAAUAAAAGGUGCACACGAUGCUUGGUCAGGAUGGGUGUGCGUGCUGCUGGUGGGUGUGUGCACUGGCGUAGUAGCAGGAGUCAUAGACAUUGGUGCUUCCUGGAUGACAGAUCUAAAGUUUGGGAUCUGUCCACAAGCUUUUUGGUUCAAUAGAGAACAGUGUUGUUGGUCAAGCAACGAAACAACGUUUGACGAUGGCAAUUGUUCCCAGUGGCUGACGUGGCCUCAGGUGUUCGGGGAGUCGCGUGAAGGUGCUGGAGCGUACAUCAUCAGCUACCUGUUCUACAUAGUGUGGGCGUUGAUAUUCGCGGCACUCUCUGCUUCCUUAGUGCGCAUGUUCGCGCCUUAUGCCUGUGGAUCUGGUAUUCCUGAGAUCAAAACGAUCCUCAGCGGGUUCAUCAUUAGGGGCUACCUUGGCAAGUGGACGCUCAUCAUCAAGGUGGUGGGGCUGAUCCUGUCCGUAUCCUCGGGCUUGUCUUUAGGGAAGGAGGGUCCUAUGGUUCAUAUAGCCAGCUGUUUAGGCAAUAUUCUAUCUUACCUGUUCCCUAAGUACGGACGGAACGAGGCGAAGAAGCGUGAGAUAUUAUCGGCAGCGGCGGCCGCGGGUGUCUCCGUCGCAUUCGGUGCUCCCAUUGGUGGCGUACUGUUCAGCUUGGAGGAGGUGUCGUACUACUUCCCGCUGAAGACGCUAUGGCGGUCGUUUUUCUGCGCACUGAUCGCCGCUUUCAUACUCCGCUCCAUCAAUCCGUUCGGCAACGAGCAUUCUGUGCUCUUCUUCGUUGAGUACAACAAGCCGUGGAUAUUCUUCGAGCUCAUACCUUUCGUAGGACUGGGAAUUAUCGGGGGUUGUAUAGCGACCAUCUUCAUAAAAGCCAACAUCUGGUGGUGUCGGUACCGCAAGUACUCGAAGCUGGGCCAAUACCCGGUCACAGAGGUUCUGGUAGUGACGCUGGUGACCGCCGUACUGUCGUACCCCAACCCCUACACCCGUAUGAACACCAGCCAGCUGAUAUAUCUGCUGUUCAACCAGUGCGGCAUCUCCAACCGCGAUCCACUGUGCGACUACGACCGCAACUUCACGGACGUGAACUCGGCGAUAGAGAAGGCGGCGGCGAGGCCGGGCGUUUACAACGCGAUAGGGCUGCUGUUCCUGGCGCUAUUGCUCAAGCUUGUCAUGACGGUCUUCACGUUUGGCAUCAAGGUGCCGUGCGGUCUGUUCAUACCGAGCUUGGCUCUUGGCGCCAUCGCGGGACGGAUCGUCGGCAUUGGCGUGGAGCAGUUAGCAUUCCACUACUCGAAGAUAUGGUUGUUCUCCGGCGAGUGUCAAACCGGAGUGGACUGCAUCACGCCAGGCCUCUACGCCAUGGUAGGCGCUGCGGCUGUACUGGGCGGCGUGACCAGGAUGACGGUGUCCCUGGUGGUGAUAAUGUUCGAGCUGACGGGCGGAGUGCGGUACAUAGUGCCCCUGAUGGCCGCCGCAAUGGCCAGCAAGUGGGUCGGCGACGCGUUAGGAAGGCAGGGCGUUUAUGACGCCCAUAUAGCACUCAACGGGUACCCAUUCCUGGACAGCAAGGAUGAGUUCCAGCACACCUCGUUAGCCGCGGACGUUAUGCAACCAAAACGUAACGAGACGCUAGCAGUCAUUACCCAAGACUCGAUGACUGUGGACGACGUGGAAACGUUACUGAAGGAAACUGAACACAACGGGUACCCAGUCGUUGUAUCCAAGGAGUCGCAGUACCUGGUGGGAUUCGUGCUACGAAGGGACCUCAAUCUGGCCAUAGCCAACGCGCGGCGUACGAUGGAGGGUAUAACCGGGCAGUCUGUCGUGGUAUUCGCCGGGGCGGGCCCUUCUGCGGGCGCUGGCCCCGGGCCGGGCCACCACGGGGCGGGCUGCUUGCUCCUCAGCCGUAUCCUGGACAUGGCCCCGAUCACCGUCACCGACCAGACUCCAAUGGAGACUGUGGUCGAUAUGUUUCGCAAACUGGGCCUGCGGCAGACGCUCGUCACGCAUAACGGACGCCUCCUCGGGGUAAUCACCAAAAAGGACGUACUGCGUCACGUUAAACAAAUGGACAACGAGGACCCCAACUCUGUUCUGUUCAACUAGCGAGACCCCACGCCGUGUCAAUGUCUCAUCGUCCUAUACUUGCUGUGCGUGCACGUGGUCUCCAUACAGUGCUACUGCAGCGUCAUCUACGGCCUAUACGUGGACGUGAGCGACACGCUAGACAACUCGUCGCAAAUGAACCCAAUCAGAAUAUAGCGUAGAAAUGAACAGUUUCGAAUUUCAAAUAUCACAUUUUCAGUGUCACUAUAAACCUCCCCGUUCUUGUAUACCUCACAGUUGUGCAAUCAAUGGGUGUGUAUUCCGAAAUAUGCACCGGUACGAUGGCCAGCGGUAAUGACGUCAUGAAUCGAAGCCAUGCUGUUGAUUCGUUCCAAAUACACUGAUCAGCGCGGUGACGUCAUGAACUGGCGCUAUUCAUAUUCAAGCAGUCUCGUGUUAGUGUGCAACGUUGAUGCUCCAAAAAAUUAUAAUAAAAUUUAACCUACAAUUUUAACUGUGAUUAUUUGAAAAGAAUGGAAGUGAUAGCUAUUUGCGACAAUAUCUCGUUUUGUUGUUAAAUACGUCACAGUAUUCCAACCAGCAUAAUUAGGCGGCAUACCAGUACAAUAUGGCAUCGAAAUCAUGACGUCAUUACCGCUGGGCAGCGUCCUGGUGUAUUUUUCGGAAUUCACCCAAUGUCUCCUAACCUCGUCGGUGUUUCAGUGUUUCUAUCGCAAUUAAACGAAAUAUAUAUUGAAUAGGUGUCAUUGCAAUAGUUAAUCAGUGUUUUUUAAGGUACGGAAUGCGAUGUGUGAGGCGGAGUUGCAAACUAUUGCAUAAGUCUUAUUUUGAUCAGGUCAUUGGAGAUUAUGUCGAGAGUUAAUAGAUUAAGAGAUGUUUUAAAAAGGAUUUUUCUACAACGUAUUGUUGUAAGUGACUUCGUUCCUAGAAGUUACACGACCCCGGUGGGUUGUUGUGAGAAAUGUGAAAUUCUCGAGACGUCGCGCAUCGUGCUCGACGCGAUGUUUUAAGUUUGAAAGAGAAAUUUAAUAUUCAAUGUUACAUUGGGCUCGAUCUGUUGCACACAUUCUGAAUUACAAUAUAGGAGUAACUUUAAAGCGCGUUUAUUAGACAAAAGCAGAAUGAACUACAACAGAUUAUAGUCGGUCAGUCGCUUUUAAAAGCCAGAGCCAUUUUAGGUGUUCAGACAAAAAACUUAUUUUUAAAGAGAAAAUAAUGAUUUAUUGAUAGUAAAUUAUUACUCCAUUUUUUGGAGCACUGUGGGUUUGGACAUACUUUUGCAAAAACUAGGAGUAAGGAAGUUGUACAUUACAAAAAGCACGUUCUGUUAAACCACGUGAGUUUAAGAACCGAGAAUGUAAAUAUACCAGACACUGGGCAAUUAUUCUUCAAUGAGAGAAAAUGUACUAUUGAAUUAAAUUUAAGAAUGUAACUCUUCUUUAAAUCAAGCUCAGAGAGUGUGCAAUAAAAUGGAACCGAUUAUAAUAAUAUUAACUAAAUGUUUGUAUAUCCGAUGUAUAUCUUGAAUUAUUAUUACUGAUAUUGAUUAAUAUGAGUGUGCAUAAUAAGUUUAGAAAUUAUCAAAAUCUUUUCGUACCUUGUCAUAAAGAUGCUAUUUUUCUUGAUGAUUUGAAUAAAGGUAUAUUUUAUUUUUUUGUUGUAUUUACAAUUUUAUCAAAUUACCGAGAUGUAUUUUAGAUAAUUUAUUUAAUAUCCUUGUAUCAUUAUAAUCAUGGAAGUUAAGGAAAAAUUGUAACCAUUUUGGUGAAUGGUGAUUUAUUAUAUUUUAUAUCUCAUUUUGUAUAGUUUGCUUUAGAUUAAUUUUCUAUCUCAAUUUGAUUUUUAUGCAUAUAUUUGUUUUAACUAAGUAGACGUGUCAGUUUGUAUGUAUAUAAUCUGUAUAAUUGGCAGCUGUUAUUUAUCAAAUGUCCGACCAGUGUGUGUGGCCACAGUCGGGAGUAGGAUAAUGUAUCGUGUAAUGUAGUUAGGACAAUAUGAGAUAUUGGAAUAUGUAAUUGGGCGUUUUAGUUUUGAUAGCAGCUGCACCGCUAGUAUUUGUGGCCCUCAACUACAGUCGUGAGCACUAAAGCAACAGAUACAGUAGCGAUUACUUUUCUUUGUGUAGGCAUGAUAAUAAAAACAUAUUAUGAAAUUUAUUUUAAAUCGCCGGUAAGGCAGUGCGCAUGUUUCACUGAACCAUGAGACCUAUUUUUGAAACGCUCGUUGUAAAUGCAUCUUCGUAUUCGAUUUAAGUGACACUCGACUCUCACGUUAUUUUUUUGCAUUUUUAAAUCGUCUCCGUAAUGCCAACAUUUUAUUAUAAAAUAGUAUAUUAUAGAGAUAAAACUAUAUAACUAUUCGUAAACGCAGUGAAAUCUAGACGAUUUUAAUAGGAAAGGCGAACUGCUAGCUAACGAUUCAAAAAUAGGGCCCCAUGUCGCUUGCAAAUGUUAGUCGGCUUUUGCGUACCUACUAUUUAUAUACAAAAGAUAGGCAACCACCACAUUUAAUGUGAAACAUUUCACUUCAUCAACACAUUUUAUUAUCACUUUUAGAUGCUACAACAUCACUUCUAUGAACAUCACAACUACGAAUAGAAGAAGAACCAAACUUGAUACUUUUGAAGUCAUUAGGAUCUUUGUUUUUGAUAAUUAUUAUUUCACAUCUCUCAAGCAUCGUUUGCAGUUAAUUGAUAAAAUGUCGUUAUGAUUUCAACUAAAAUAUUUAUCUCACAUUAAGUCAGUGGUGGGAAUCGAAGUAACGCAAGAGCCAUCUAGCGAACCAGUUCUAUAGUGAUUAGGCUUCUCGUUCGCUUGUCGAUAUUCUAGACGUGACGUGUAUAUACUGUAAAUAAUAAUGGUAAUUAAAGAAUUGGCUAUCAUUUGGAGGUGUGGCUCACGAGAAAUCAUCUGAAAUUAGUGUGUAUCAAUUUAGUCAGUAGAGUGGUCUCUGGCAGCGAUUAUAGUAUUGUCGAAGUUAUCAUCAAGACUUUCUCGCUCCUAUAAAUUGUUACAGAGCAGGUGUUUAACCUGUUAUAAAUUGUAUGUUGUCGGCACAUUUUAUAGAAAGAAUAGUUUGCACCUUUGUAAAACGUUAACUUAUCUAUAUUAUCAUAUUGAAAAAUUCUUGAUUUCUCGUGUAGCACACCUUUGUGUCCUUUGUAAUAUGCUUGUUAUUUUGCUUCAUAUUUUCUGCUACUUUAGCUUGGAGUCCUCCUCGUCUAUUUUAUGUUUAAAUAAGUAUCUUGAGAAUGAAACUCUUGUAUCUUCCACUCCAUACCUAUAUUGAAAUGCCUUUGCAAUGUCAAUAGGGAUGCAUUAUUUUUCUUUGUAACGAGAUAAAAUUUUGUCUCAAAUAUUGUUAUCACCUGGAAAUUUUCCUGUAGUAUAUCUGAAUUUUUGUUCAACCUUUCAAUCGUUUUCACUGGAAUGUUCUGUAAUAAUUGAGAAAUCCUUUUUAUUGUAAAGUGAGGUAAUAUGGAACAAUACUACUCCUUCCCUGUACAUUUAGUUUUGCAACUUGAGAUAAUUACUUCUCCAUUGCAUAAUAAAUUGUUUUUUGGAUCCUUAACUAUUAGAUUACUUUCAAGACUAAGGUUUAUGUUGAACCGAUCAAACAAAAUUACUGAUUGGGUAGUCGUACUCUUAUUUAUGUAUUUCCCACUGCAGAAAUGAUAAAAGAGUGGUAAGAAUAAGUUAUCGCGGGAGUUAUUCAUUAUAUAUGUAUAUUUUUUUAAAGCAUGUAACUGGAGGCCUACUCUAUUUCAACGAAAAACGAAAUUUCGAUCGAAAUUUCGCACGUUCCCUACUCUGUUUCCUUUUCAUUUCGAAAAUUCGUUCGUCCGAAAUAUUUUGACAAUUAAAUUCUCCAAGCCUACUCUAAUUCACAAAACACUCGAAGGAAAAGUUGAAUUUGACAGAUAAUUGUUCGAAAUUUUGAACUCAAAUCGACGAAAUGAAAAGUGUUACCUUUUCAUUUUCGUUUUGAGAUUUUUGUUUUAAUUAAGCCUAAAAUACUUGCAAGAGUAUUUUUAAUAAUAGCUGCUUAGCUCGAGAAACUUUUAUAGCAUGUAAAAUUAACAAAUAAACCAUUUUCUUAUUAUUUUUUUGUAAUUUCGAUACUUCAAAGUAUUAAACGACAAAUUGAGGUUGACAUACAGUAGAUUGUAUCGACUCUACAAAUUAGUCGGCUAACACUGUCAAAGAAGGUUCUUUCAAUGUCAUCUAAAAUUUUGCCCUAAACUACCUAUAUUGUUUCCAAGUAAAAAAACGUUUUCUUAAAAGUAGAGAUAAAAAGAACUCACAAACAUGACUCAUUCCAUUCGUUCACGAAAACUGUUUAUGGUUCCGAAGUUAAUGUGCCUGUUCGAAAAUGAAAUAGAGUAGAGACACUGGCGAAAUUUCGUUUGAAAUUCGUUCGUUACCGAAAUUUCGUUUCGGAGAAAGAGAGUAGAACUCCUGCUUUAUGUUUAAAUCUAAAGAAAAUAUAAUGUGGGUCACCUAUAAUGCGAAGAGAUGACGCUGCCUUGCAGCUUAAGAAUGGCUAGAGGAAUUUCGACGCGGUCCGUGAGGGCCCCGGUAGCAUAAUUGGUCAGUGCAUUCGCCCGGAUUGCGAAGGGUGCGGGUUCGAGUCCCGUCUGUUGCCUGGUCCGCGUGGAAUUUUUUCUAGUUAUAUUUUCUUUAGUUAUUCAUUACUUUUUCGGUUAUUAUUUUCUUUAAUAAAUCAUUGUACUUGUCCUUUAGUGACACAGGAAUAUUAUUUAGUUCUUUCUUAUUUGCCCUACUACAUUAAUGUUGCAUUGAUCAGCUUUGGUAAAUAGAUUGAGAGGGCUCAUUAAGUAAUAAAUUCUAGGGUCUAAUAUUUCAACUGUUUUCUAAUCUCACACCAUGUGAUUGAUGAAUGGGGCUAAACACAAUAACUGGCCAGAUUUGUUACCUUUUAGCUCAUUCCCCUUUACGUAUCUUGAUUCACUGCAACCUAUCUCAAUUUCAAGGUGAUCGGAAAGUCUUAAAGUAUUUUGAUAAUGUUUUUUCCCUAAGAAUGGCAAUUGGCUUUUUACAUGCCCAUAAUAGUAUUUUCUUUAUGUGUUGGAUUUUGGAAGAAUCCAUGUUAUUGAGUGAGUUGGAAUCUUUCUUUUUCUUCUAUCUAUCUGUAUUUGAUUAUUAUAACUACUUAAAAGGCGGAUCGAUCACGGUCGCCAUACGUGUAUCUAUGCAAUAAUACGGGUAGUGGAUAAAUGGUAGUAACAGCGGUUAUAGCCACAAGUGAACGAUCAUCUGGACACAAUGCGAUUCAACUAAGAAUUGGACCGACUGGGCGCCAUAUUGUGACGUCAAAGCUGUCAAUUCAAACCAGUUAGGUAGAGUGAGCAAAGAAGUUUUUUUUAAUGAAACUUAUUUACCAAGAUUAAGUGAGAAAAAAUAACAGUUUUUUAUGAUAUUUAUUUAUUAAGACUGAGUGACCAAAAACAUUAAUCAGAAUCUAGCUGUUUAGUUCCGCUCAUCUCUGCACUACCGUCGGAGUAGUUAUCAUCAUCGUCAUCAUCACUGAUGCUUUAAAUAUCGAAUAUAGUGGGUUUUAAAACGACAAUUUCAUUUAAAAACAAAACGGUCUUUUUAUUUCCUGUAUUAAUACCUGUAUUAUAAAACUAAAGUGCUUAAAUUUUGCCUUUUCCAUUACUCAUUUUCUCUACGUUUCAUAUGAUUUAUUUCCUGCUUUUGUUUACAAAUGUUUGGUAUUUAUUCAAGAUUAGCGUAGCGCAGUGCUAAAAGAAGGUGUUCCAAGUUUUUUUUGCAAACCGUACUUUUCAAGCGACAUUCGACAUACGGAGGUCAUUGGCUUUCCUAUUCUUAUUUGAAUCGCGUAAUACAUUGAAAUUUGAAUUGAAAUGAAAUUUUAAAUUGUAAAUACUGUUUCGCCGGGCUUCGUCAUACGUAGUCGUAUAUACUCCAUUUCACAUUACACACUAGAAGUGUGUAAUGUGAAAUAACAUUAAUGAGUUUUGUCAACAUCUAAUUCCUAUAGUCUUGUAGGAUGUUAGUUCAGUAUUUAUUAUUUAUUAUAUUAUUAGUAUGUCGCAAACGCAGAAUCAGUGCGUCCUAUGAUGAUGACGUCCUGAAAUAUGCUUAAUACCAUGCGUGUCGCGCCACAUGCGCCCGACUGAGUCGCAGCUUAUACACGUUUACAUUUAUAUACUUAUUAUAAUAAACUAAUGUUAUUAAUGUGCUAUAUUCUGUUUCAAUUCAAUUUUGAUGAUCAAAAAUUUGUCAAUUGUUAAUAUCUUACUAAUAUAAUACCUGUAUCAAUAUGAAGUAUGCGUAAAGUUCUAAACAACUAUCCUUUCCGCAUACGAGACGAUUUUACUUGUAAGAAUAAAUGAUGGCAGACGGUAUCUUUCAAAUUGAAUGAAAACAGAUUAUAUAAUCUUGUUUUAAUAAAUACGGACUGAGGGUCAAAAUGAAUGAACGAUAAAGUGUAUGUAAAUAAUGACAGCAUGCGUGAUGUUUUCUAAUAUUUACAAUAUAUGCGAAGCGAGAGGAGGCAGACGCCGCAGUGCACGGGAAUCGUUGCAUAUUAUAAUUUAUGUGAUCAAAUUGUUUGUGUGUGUAUGUGCUUACCUUGCUGAUGACACGAUGAGACCGGCACUUGUUGCCUGCCGCCACCCGCGCGCAUUAGGGGUUCACACUGGAUGCGUUUUUGUUCGAACAGGGCACUGAACCCUUAGCACAAACCAAUAUCGAAUUCGAAUAGUUAGCGAGGGUGAAAUGUCAUUGUCAAAUUUUUGUAUGGAAACUUGAACAGCAGCGCCACAAAAUACGUAACGAGAACUAAAAAUCAGUAAACAUUUGACAGUGGCAUUGUGCACUCGCAAAACUAUUCCAAUUCGAUAUCAGUUCGUGCUAGGGGUACUGAUAUCAAGUUUUUUAUUGAUCCAUUAUAAUCUGUCUAUUGACUCCGUAACAAAGGAAUAUUUUCCUUCUAAAUUUGUUGGUACUUGUCACAUUCACACUGUUGAAUAACCUUUUCUAUUGGAAAGUAAUCAAUUCCAAUCGGUACUAUGAUCUUGUGCUAACGUACGAACAGUAUUUGGACAAAAAUACAUCCUGAGUGUGUACUCUCGUAGUCCCAUCCCCCGGCGCUGUAGCCGACCUCUCUAAUACUAACGUGUGAUACAACUAUCAAUAUUAUAGUGAGUGUUAUGUACUAUCAAUGUAAAAUCACGAUCCGAUUAAAAUGGUAACUGAAGUUUAUAUUGGUUUUUAUUUCGUUA